AUGCGUAACUUAAUCACUUUAAAUAAGGGUAGGCUAAGACCAGUAGCCACUGCGAGCACCGAAGAUUCCGAAUUAGAAUUUGAAUUAAUCGAUAGUGUAUUUGAUACUCUAUCAGACAGUAUUACAUGUGUCCUUAGUGCCUCAGAAGUUGGUACCAUUGAAGUCCAACAAUUUAUGAAAGAUGGAUCCAAAAAUGUAUUAGCAUCAUUCAAUAUUGAAACUUUCAACGAUACUUUAUUAAAUUUUAAACAUUUCGGAGAAAUAAAUCAAUUGGUUUUUGUAUUUAAACAAGGUGAUAUCAUUACAGCCACUUAUGAUCCAGUCAAUUAUGUUCCAUUAGAAACUACGGUGGAAAUUGUUGGGUCCAUAGAUAAUGGGAUUGAUGCGGCUGAAUGGUCGUAUGAUGAAGAAACAUUAGCUUUAGUUACAGCAGAUCGUAAUGUGGUUUUAUUGAGUAAACUAUAUGAACCAAUCUCAGAAUAUAAUUUAGAAGCCGAUGAUUUGAAAAUGUCCAAACAUGUUACUGUCGGUUGGGGUAAGAAGGAAACUCAAUUUAGAGGUAAAGGUACCCGUGCUAUGGAAAGAGACGCUUUGGCAAGUUUAAAGGCUUCUGGGUUAGUCGGUAAUCAAUUGCGAGAUCCUACAAUGCCAUACAUGGUUGAUACUGGUGCUAUUACUACAUUAGAUAAUCGUGAAGUGACAAUAUCUUGGAGAGGUGAUUGUGAAUAUUUCGUCAUAUCCACCAUUGAAACUGUGGAAGAUCCUGAUGAUAGUACCAAAACUAUCGAAAGAAGAGCUCUAAGAGUAUUUACACGUGAAGGUCAAUUGGACAGUGCAUCUGAACCAGUGACUGGUAUGGAAUAUAACGUAAGUUGGAAACCACAGGGCUCUUUAAUUGCAUCAAUACAGCGUAAAACACAUUUAGCAGAAGAAAACUCAUUAGAUUUAAUCUUUUUCGAGAGAAAUGGUUUAAGACAUGGGGAAUUUAAUACAAGAUUACCAUUAGACGAGGAAGUGAAGGGGUUGGUUUGGAACUGUAACUCUGAAGUUUUGGCGAUCGUAUUAAGAGACACUAUUCAACUUUGGACCGUCAAGAAUUAUCACUGGUAUUUGAAACAGGAGGUAUAUUCCAAAGAUAUCCAAUUUGCUAAAUGGCAUCCAGAAAGGGAUUUCACUUUAAUGUAUGGUAAUGAUAAUUUUUUAAAUAUUGUGGACUUCACUUACAAGACUGCUCAAGGUCCAACUUUGGAACCAUUUGAUAAUGGUACAUCUUUAGUCAUUGAUGGUAAUACAGUGAACAUCACACCAUUAGCAAUUGCUAAUGUUCCACCUCCAAUCUAUUUCAGAGAUUUUGAAACUUCCGAAAAUGUUAUCGAUGUAGCCUGCAAUCUAUCGAAUGAAAUAUUUGUCGCAUUGAACAAAGAUGCGUUAAUAUUUGCUAACGUUUCCAACUUCGAAGAUAUGAAAAAGGGAAAACAUCCAACAAUCGCAUGUAGUUUCCCUAAAUCAAAUUUCGCAACAGAGUUUGAUUCUUUACGUCAAGUAGCCUUCAUGAAUGAUAGCAUAGUAGGUGUUUUACUAGAUACUGAUAAUUUAUCUCGUGUUGCUCUAAUUGAUGUUCAAGAUGUCACUCAACCAAUAGUAUUAAACGUUGUUGAAGUUUAUGAUAAGAUUGUCCUUCUUAGAAACGAUUUUAAUUACAAUCACCUAGUCUAUGAAACAAGAGAUGGAACUGUUGUCCAACUAGACGCUGAAGGUCAAUUGAACCAAAUCACUAAAUUUCCUCAAUUAGUACGCGACUUCAGAGUUAAGAGAGUUCAUAACCAAGUAGCUAAUCCAGAUGGAGGUUGGGAGUCAGAAAGUUCUGAAUUAGUUGCAUUUGGUCUCACAAGUAAUGGUAAACUUUUUGCGAACCAAGUUCAAUUAGUCUCUGCAGUAACAUCACUGGAAAUUACAGAUAAUCUACUAUUGUUUACUACUGCCCAACAUAACUUACAAUUCGUUCAUUUGACAUCUACUCACUUCGAACCACUUCCUAUUGUUGAAAAUGAUGUCGAAGAUGAAAGAGUUCGUACAAUUGAAAGAGGUUCUGUACUAGUUUCUGUCAUACCUUCGAAGGCUGCUGUUAUUCUACAAGCUCCUCGUGGUAAUUUAGAAACAAUAUAUCCAAGAAUUAUGGUCUUAUCUGAAGUUCGUAAGAACAUCUUACUGAAACAUUACAAAGAAGCUUUUAUGCAUUGUAGAACACAUAGGGUCAAUCUGGAUAUUCUUUACGAUUAUGCUCCAGAUCUUUUCUUCGAUAACUUAGAAUUAUUUAUCAACCAGUUGGAAAAGGUGGAUUAUUUGAACCUAUUUAUCUCCUGCUUAGGUGAAGAUGACGUUACUCAAACAAAGUACAAAGAAACCAUCAAAUCUGGGAUUGCCGAUUCAUUUGAAACUGCAGCUGCUCCAUUGACAGAAAUGCAACAAUACAUGAAGAAAAAAAUGUUCGAUCCAUCCACUUCUAAAGUGAAUAAAAUCUGUAACGCUGUCCUUGAAGUUCUUCUAAGUAAUGAAAUAUACAAGAAAAAGUAUAUUCAAACUAUUAUUACUGCCUACGCAUCUCAAAGACCACAAAAUUUGGAAGAAGCUUUGAAAUUAAUUGCGUCUGUUGAAGAUAAAGAAGAAAAAGAUUCAUGUGCUACGUACUUAUGUUUCUUACAAGACGUUAAUGUUGUCUAUAAAGCAGCUUUAUCAUUAUAUGAUGUUAAAUUAGCAUUACUGGUGGCUCAAAAAUCUCAAAUGGAUCCACGUGAAUAUCUUCCGUUCUUACAAACCUUGCAAGAUAAUGAGCCACUUCGUCGUCAAUUCUUAAUUGACGAUUAUUUAAAGAAAUAUGAAAAUGCUCUAGAACACUUGACUGAAAGUGAAAAGGCACGCGAUGAGGUUUCUGAAGAAAUUAUUGACUAUGUUGAAGUCCAUGAACUAUACAAACAUGCUUUAUCUAUCUUCAAGUACGAAUCUAAGAAACAAAAUAUUAUAUAUGGUCGCUUCGCUAAGCAUCUUGCCUCAAAGCAAGAUUACGUUGAAGCUGGUAUCAUCUAUGAAAUGCUGACUGAAUAUAAAGAUGCUAUGGAUUCUUAUGUUUUGGGCAAGAAAUGGAGAGAAGCAUUAUAUAUUGCCGUCGAGGAAUUUCCCGACCAAGUCAAAACUGUGUCCGAAGAUUUGGUUUCCUCUUUAACUUUCGAACAUAAAUAUGUUGAUGCAGCUGAAAUUCAAUUAGAAUUCUUGAAGGAUAUUGAAGAAGCAAUGACUCUUUACUGCAAAGCUUAUAAAUAUGAUACAGCUUGCUUGAUUGCUGUAACCAAUAAUAAAUCAGAGUUGAUUGAAAAAAUUGUUGAUCCAGGGUUAGGUGAAGGAUUUGGUGUUGUUGCAGAAUUAUUGGCAGAUUGUAAGGGCCAAGUUAAUUCUCAGUUGAAGAGAUUGAGAGAGUUGCGUACUAAGAAAGAAGAAGAUCCUUAUGCAUUUUAUGGACAAGAAACUGAACAAGCUGACGAUGUUUCUAUUGCUCCCUCUGAAACGUCUACCAAGGAAUCUUUUUUCACUAGAUAUACAGGCAAAACAAGUGGUACUGCCAAGACAGGUGCUUCAAGACGUACUGCAAAGAAUAGACGUCGUGAAGAACGUAAAAGAGCUCGUGGUAAGAAAGGUACUAUUUAUGAAGAAGAAUAUCUUGUCCAGUCUAUUGGUAGAUUAUUAGAUAGAUUAAACCAAACAAGACCUGAUGCUAUCAAAUUGAUAGAUGGGCUAUGUAGACGAAAUAUGAGAGAACAAGCAUACCAAAUCCAAAAGAAUUUUUUGGACGUUUUAGAUUUGCUAAAGACACAUGUUGAGGAAAUAUAUUCAAUUAGCGAGAAGGAUAGAGAAAGAAUUAACGACGAUGGAGAAGUCUAUCAUGUUCCUGAAAUACCUGUUCCACUGAUUGAAGAUUUCCCAACCAACAAGGUCAUUGAUUUCUAA